AGCACAUGGGAGUAAGGGACAUCACAAGAAGUUCAAAAAGAAGAUAGCAGCUUGCAUUGGCUGUUUGUAGAAGAGGUGGAAACCCAAACUUUCUUGGGAAAAAGCAGGUAUCUGUAGAGGGAUUUCUCAUGAUGGAAGGAAAAUUAAAAAUUAUAAUGAUAAUAAUUGUAAUGCAAUAUUAUCCUGAGCAUUUCUAUUGCGCCAUUGGGCAGUGCCGCCUGUUGCCGGACCCAUCUGCUAUAUUUGCUCGAUUCACUUUGGUUUGAGCGAUGACUCUAGUCUAUAAAUAGGCAGAGCAAAGAGCAAAGAACAAUAGCAAUUAAGUUAUACAGAGCAUCUCAUCUAGAAAAUCAAUCUAUAAGGAGAAAAGAAAGUUGCUUAAUUUGUGAAAAAUUGUAAUGGCUUCUUGCAAGAUAUGCAUCAUCAUUACCAUUGCGGCUGUAUUUCUUCCUUCAAUUUUGGCUACAGAAUUUGUUGUUGGUGAUGAGACAGGAUGGACUACCAACUUUGAUUAUCAAGCUUGGGCUCAGGGAAAGAAAUUUCAUGUUGGAGACAAGCUUGUUUUUAGGUAUCCACCAGAAACACACAAUGUGUUGAGAGUUAAUGGAACUGGAUUCCAACAAUGCAAGGCGCCUACUGGCAUAGAGGCCUUGACCAAUGGAGAAGAUACCAUCCCACUCACAUCUCCAGGCAGGAAAUGGUACAUCUGUGGUGUGCGCAACCAUUGUGAAUCUGGGAAUAUGAAAAUCACCAUAAAUGUGUUGCCUGAGUUGGGAUCUCCGACAGGUUCGCCUUCUCCCAGCCAAACCCCAAUUUCAGCAGCAACAGGCAGCAGUGCUUUAACUGGAUUUUGUGGGUGGAUUAUUGUUGCCAUAACUGGAAUUCGUGGAAUGUUCAUUGUUUAA